AGAGGAUUCGGACACAAGGGCCGUCCCGACUCACGUCUCGAAGAAGUCAGUAGUCGAAACUCAAUGAGAUACGCAGCACGACCACGAGCUUUCCACACUCCUUACGAUUCGUGCGUAUCCUCUCGCUCCGCUUUUCUUGUUUCUCAGGCCAACAGAAUCGAGACUGAACUCUGAAGCGAGGAACAGACUGUUUCUUUUUUCCUCUGUUCGGUUCAUUUGUAUUCUGAAAAGGGAAUCGAUCAAUAGACAAUCCAUACUUAUACAGAUCUUUCUGAUGGAUUUACUCGAGGGAAACCUAGAAUUGAAGGAGAUUCAGAAGCUUGAAGGCCACACUGAUAGGGUUUGGAGCGUGGCGUGGAAUCCCGCCACUGGAGCUGCAGGGAUUCCGGCGAUGUUUGCAUCUUGCAGCGGCGACAAGACUGUCAGAAUAUGGCAGCAGACUCCCUCCGCUCGGUGUUCUGCUUCUUUUGAAUGCAAGGCAGUUUUGGAAGAAACACAUAAUCGGACAGUUAGGUCUUGUGCUUGGUCACCUUCUGGCAAAUUAUUGGCAACGGCCAGCUUUGACGCUACUACUGCUAUCUGGGAGCAUAUUGGCGAUGAUUUCGAGUGCGUUUCUACUUUAGAGGGUCACGAGAACGAAGUCAAAAGUGUUUCAUGGAAUGCAUCAGGAUCUCUACUUGCCACAUGCAGUCGAGACAAAUCUGUUUGGAUAUGGGAAGUACAGCCCGGGAAUGAGUUUGAGUGUGUUGCAGUGUUGCAAGGCCAUACACAGGAUGUGAAGAUGGUUAAAUGGCAUCCGUUUAUGGAUGUCUUGUUUUCUUGUAGCUAUGACAAUACUGUUAAGGUUUGGGCUGAGGAUGGUGACACUGAUGAUUGGCACUGUGUUCAAACUUUAGGGGAGCCUAACAAUGGACACACAUCUACAGUCUGGGCCCUAUCUUUCAACUCUACAGGAGAUAAAAUGGUUACCUGUAGUGAUGAUCUUACCCUAAAGAUAUGGGAAACUGACAGCAGAAUACCACAGGAAACAGAUGGUUAUAUGCCUUGGAGACACCUUUCUACUCUCACAGGAUAUCAUGAUCGGACAAUAUUUUCAGUUCAUUGGUCAAGUGAGGGUGUGAUUGCUAGUGGAGCAGCUGAUGAUGCCAUACGCCUAUUCAUUGAGAAUAAAGAUGGUUUGGUAGAUGGACCUUCAUAUAAAAUGCUGCUGAAGAAGGAAAAAGCCCAUGAUAUGGACGUAAAUUCAGUUCAAUGGAGCCCAAAGGAACAGCGGCUUCUAGCAUCUGCAAGUGAUGAUGGGACCAUAAAGAUAUGGGAGAUGGUACCGAGCUCCUGAUUAAACUCAUUACUGUAGUUGCUUUAUGUUUUUUUUUUUUUUUACCUUUUUACCGUAUUAUAUGCAUUUUUGUAAUCAAUAAUGUGAUUCACUUCGUGUAUUUUAUGGGACAUAGACUACAAAAUGAAUGUUUAUAGCCUUGAAAAAAAAAUCAAGCAGCAUAUUUAAGGAUAAGAAAAAAUGGCAAUUGUUAUCAUACAACAUUACAACGUA